AUGGCGCGGAUGAACCGGCCGGCCCCCGUGGAGGUCAGCUACAAGCACAUGCGUUUCCUCAUCACGCACAACCCCACCAGCGCCACCCUCGGCAGCUUCAUCGCGGACCUGAAGAAGUAUGGGGCCACCACCGUGGUGCGCGUGUGCGAAGUGACCUACGACAAGGCCCCGCUGGAGGAGGACGGCAUCACCGUCGUGGACUGGCCGUUUGACGACGGGGCGCCUCCACCCGGCAGAGUGGUGGAGGACUGGCUGAGGUUGCUGAAGACCAAGUUCUGUGACGACCCCGGCAGCUGCGUGGCUGUGCACUGCGUGGCCGGCCUGGGACGGGCUCCGGUCCUCGUGGCUCUGGCCCUCAUCGAGAGUGGGAUGAAGUAUGAGGACGCCAUCCAGUUCAUCCGACAGAAGCGGCGUGGAGCCAUCAACAGCAAACAGCUUACCUACCUGGAAAAAUACCGGCCUAAGCAGAGACUGCGGUUCAAGGACCCACACGCGCACAAGACCAAGUGCUGUGUCAUGUAG